AUUAUGAAUAUGAACGAGUCGUGAGCGUCACAGAAGACAUCGAAGUUCUAGUCGCGAUCGUAAGGAGCAUUAUGAUCGUCGUAGUAGCUAUGAUUAUGAUCGAAGAAGAAAAUAUGACGAUGAUAGAUAUGAACGUCGUAGAAGUUAAAUGA